GAAGAUUCGAUGGAUGAAGUCCUUUUGUUUAUUGUGGAAAAAGUUAAAUGACCAGAGAGGGAAGAAAUCAAUUUCCACCUCUAACAAGUAAAUGAUUGUUUAGUUAAUUAGCUAAUUAAUCAAUUGAUUAGUUGUACAAAUUAAGAGAUCAGCGAGUAACUGAUCAAUCGUUUUUUAAUAGAUUGUGUGUUUUCUUUUCUCUCGUCUAUAAGUAUCUCAUGUGAUAUCAGUUUCUUUUUGGAUUUUGAUCUCCGAGUUUGCCUUCAACUCAAUUAGAAUUGGAUUCAUUACAAAAGGAGUUGAUCCCAUUUUCGGGCUUACAAUUAGGCUUAACCGUUUGUCUAUCAACACUGAAUAGUUGAUAUUCAAUUGUUUACCUUUUCCCUUUCCUUUCCUCUCCUUUCUUGUGGUUUAAUCUUUUUUCACUCGUUAUCGGUCCCAUUAUUUAUUCAGGAUGGAAUUGGAAACUACCAAAUCCAAUCAGGAGAAAAAGAUUGGUCACCGACGUGUUGAUGAAACGGGACAGGUUACAUAUAAGAAAAUUGAAACAUCUCAAAUAUGUGGAUCCAUACAAUUAGGUGUUGGAUACUCUGCAGGCAGUGUUGCAUCCAGACCCGAAAGAAAUGUUCUAGUGCAGGAUUUUGCUAUGGUGGAAACAACCUCGUUCCCAGCAUCAGGAAGUAACAUUACCCCUGCUCAUCAUUAUACCGAUUUCAAGUUUAAAAGUUAUGCUCCAGUUGCAUUCCGACAUUUUCGUGAUCUGUUUAGUAUUGCGCCUGGAGAUUUUCUACUCUCCAUUUGUAAUGAACCCAUGAGAGAACUUUCCAAUCCUGGUGCUUCUGGAAGUGUUUUUUAUAUCAGUGCUGAUAGUGAAUUUAUCAUCAAAACAGUUCAGCGCAAAGAAGCCGAUUUUCUUCGGACACUUUUGCCUGGUUAUUACUUGAAUCUGAAACAAAAUCCUCGGACACUAUUGCCAAAAUUUUUUGGUCUUUAUUGUUAUAUUUGUAGGGGUAAAAAUGUUAGGGUUUGUGUAAUGAACAAUCUUUUACCGUCCUUCAUCAAAUUCCAUCAGAAAUAUGAUUUGAAAGGCUCAACAUACAAAAGGAAAGCUAAUAAAGAUGAAAAGAAGAAGGAAUUUCCAACAUUUAAAGAUUUAGACUUUUUAGAACAUCAUCCUGAAGGAAUCUACCUCGAGGCCGAAACUUAUAGUGCUCUAAUGAAAACCAUCGAUGACGAUUGUCUUGUAUUAGAAAGUUUUGAGAUUAUGGAUUAUUCACUUUUGGUUGGUAUCCACAAUUUAGAUCUCUCAGAUAAAGAAAAACAGGAUCAAGUUCGUGAUAAAAUGGCCACGGUGGCAGCUGAAGCCGCUGCUGAGGCUCGUGGUCGGGGUAUUGGUGACAACAGUGGUAGUGGUGGUGUUAGUGCAAGUGAACAAAUAAAAAAUUCAACAAUUAAUUCAACCGGCAAUGGUGAUGGUAAAUCAUCAAAUCUUUCUAGAAAUAAAUCAAUUAAUCGUCAAAAGCUUGCAGCUCACUCAACUGCAAUGGAAUCCAUUCAAGCUGAAGCCGAACCGAUUGAUGAAGAAGAAGACAUUCCAGUUGGUGGUAUUCCUGCAAGAAACAAUAAAGGAGAGAGAUUACUACUAUUCAUGGGGAUCAUCGAUAUUCUUCAAAGUUAUAGAUUAAAGAAGAGAUUAGAACAUACUAUCAAAUCUGUAUUAACCGAUGGGGACACAAUAUCUGUACAUAGGCCUGGUUUCUAUGCUCGAAGGUUUAAAGAUUUCUUUGCAAAGAAAGUUUUCAAAGAGAUUCCUUCCCUGGAUUUACCAGAAAUCAAAGGGCCUCAUCGUAAAUUUCGUACCUUGGUCUCUAGUUAUAUGGCUCUUAAACACUCACCAUCAAAGAGGAAGAAUACCUUCCAAAGAUUCCAAAAAUCAUCCACAUCAGAACAAACUGAGAUUAACAAACCGAUUAGCCAAGUUGCAUCAACUGAAUCAUCAUCUAAAGACGUUCCUAGCUCGACACCAGGUUCAAAAACAAGUCAACCGCCUGUAGCUAUUUCACAGCAACAAAGUGCACGAUUCAUGUUGACUAAUCCAAUCGUCUCAAGUGUCACUGCUACUGCCGCUGCCGCCGCCGCCGCCGCUGCUGCUGCUACAACCUCUUCCUCAACCAACACUGGAGUCACAAUUUCCUCUGCUAAGAAUACAAAUGUCAAAUUUAUCGCUGAAAGCUCAUCUUCACCAGCAUCUACCACAUCAUCACCAAUCCACUCUUCACGAUACAAGUCAACCAUUGAACCGGCUCCCAGCUUACGAACCGUAGUGAUCAAACAAGCCGCAAUCGAUUGCAAUAGCAGUGUCACAAGUAAUUCCAGUGUCACCUCUUCUGGGAUCGGGUCAACCUCACGGACGAUAACAUGGACACCACCGUUAAGCAUAGAGAGAAGCACACCAACCUACACUGAAGGAACACCCUCCUUGACAGAAUCAAGUGAAAGCAGUGAUAUUGGUAAUCAACUUGAUUAACUCGGAACACAAUUAAUCAACAAUCUCCUUCAUCAUUCCUUUAAAAAUCAGUUCGACCAUUAUUUAAUCGCCAUUGGACUUCCCUCAGUUGAUCAAUGAUUAAAAAAUACUGUCAAUAUUUAAA